GGUUUCGUCGCCGGGCCGCGAUGGCGGAGCCGGGGGCGCCCAUGCGGCUGAAGGAGUGGCUGAUCGCGCAGAUCGACAGCGGCCGGUACCCGGGGCUGCGCUGGGAGAAUCGGCACCGAACGCUCUUCCGCAUCCCCUGGAAGCACGCGUCCAAGCAGGAUUACCGGCAGCAGGAGGAUGCUGCGCUCUUCAAGGCUUGGGCCGUCUACAAGGGGAAGUAUCAUGAAGGGACGGACAAGGCCGACCCCUCCACCUGGAAGACGCGGCUGCGCUGCGCCCUCAACAAGAGCAGCGACUUCCAGGAGGUGCCCGAGCGGAGCCAGCUGGACAUCUCCGAGCCUUACAAGGUUUACCAGAUCGUGACUGACAGAGCCUGUGAUGCAGAGGACAGUGACACACAGUCCCCAGGCAGUGAGGACCAGCAGGUGAGCCUGCCCUGUGCCAUCCAGGCAGGGGAGAAGGGCAGCACUGCGGGGAGUCCAAAGAAGGAGGAAUGCCAGAAGGACAUGCUGGAGAGUGCCCACGUGUCUCCACAGCCCUGGCUCUCUGGUCACCCAACCGAGCGAGGGUGCCUUGUGAGGGGAGUCUUCUAUGGCUGGAACUCGACCCAUGGCCAGCUUCUGCCUGGACCCCCGUCCUACCUCCCUGUGGAGGAUGUCAACAAUUCAGACUGCUGGCUCCACAUCCGCCUGUACUACUGCGAUGUGCUGGUGAAGGAGGUGACCACUCGCACGGCCGAGGGCUGCCGCAUCACCACCAGUGCCGUGCCGGCCGACAGCGAGCAUCUCUACGGCCCCUCCUGCAUGGAGCAGAUAAAAUUCCCCUCACCACAGGUGCUCAGUGGCCAUGGCCACGUGGCCUGCAUGACUGACGUGCUGGAGCGGCUCUUGCCCCACCUGGAGCGUGGGGUGCUGCUGUGGGUAGCACCUGAGGGGGUCUUCAUGAAGCGCCAGUGCCAGGGCAGGGUGUACUGGAACGGGCCACUGGCCCCGCACAAGAACUGGCCCAACAAGUUGGAGAGGGAGAGAACUUACAAGCUGUUGGACACGCAGCAGUACAUACAGCAGGUGCGGGAGUACCUGAGUAAUGGGCAGAUCAUGCCACAGUACCAGAUCUACCUGUGCUUCGGGGAGGAAUACCCCACCAGAGCUGGGCAUCCCUUCCAGAAGCUCAUCAUGGCUCACGUGGAGCCAGUGUUUGCACGGGAGCUCUUCCAUCAUGCCCAGCGCUUGAGGCCGACGCUGCUCUGCAAUUCCCCCCAGCCCUGUGCCCCUGGCACCUCCAGCCACGUUCUCCAUGUCCUCAAACAGCUCUGCCAGCCCUGAACUGGGUGGGAGAGAAGAGCUCAGUUGCCAUAAAGUCUCAGAGUGGGAGGCUCUGAGCCCCAUGGCCCCACUCCAGCUGCAUGUCCCAAGGAAGAGGCCUCAGGUUGCUCAGAGUGCAGGACCAGACAAAGACAGAUGUUAGCUGGGGUGGGCAGGUGCUGCUACCCCUAUGAUUGCUGUAUUUAUUCGCCAGGAGUCCCCCAGGUGGGAUUUGUUGUGUGCCUAUUCGGCAAGCCAGGGUAGGCCUGGCUCUGCCCUUGAACCUUGCACUGUCAGGACUCGCUGUUGCAAAUCUUGGAAAUAAAGGUUGUAUUUUCAUAUCGGU